GCGCAGACAUGGUGCGCACACGCCGCUUCUUUCACUUCCUGGAAGCGAGGUCACAUAAAACAAGUUCUUCAAUCCUUGCGUUGUCCCGUAGGCGGUGUUCGCACCAACGACUGACUGAAAUUAAAGACUGAACAGUCUUUACCCGUAAGUCAUUCUCUCCAUCCAGUUCCACCAAGCAGUAUCCUGUCUUCUUCCAUCAUGUGUGCUCUCAGACAAGACAACCAGUUGGAGUCAGAUCACAUGGCGGAUUUUUCCGAGAUCAACAAUCGCUUGGACUCAUUCCGUGGCUCCAGUCUGGCCCAGCAGGUACCAGCUGAAAGGUUGGCCCGGGCCGGCUUCUACUAUACUGGCAAUGCCGAUCGUGUCUGCUGUUUCAGCUGCGAGAAGACUGUGGAAAACUGGUGCAGGGGAGACACACCUCUGGAGAGACAUAAAGAGGUUUCCCCCUCAUGCAUAUUUCUCAGCUGCACCCAACGCACCAAUUUCAACCUAAGUUGUGAAAACAGACUGACUAACGGUUUUUCAUACAACGAGGAGGAAGAAGACCUGGAGUAUCGUUUGAGGAGAGGAGAGGUGGUGGAUGAGUCCACCUACCCAAUGGCCCCUCACAUGAAGAGUGAGGAGGCUCGGCUUCAGACCCUGUCUACGUGGCCCUCUAGUUCUCCUGUGAGACCCCGAGAUCUGGCCCAAGCCGGCCUCUAUUACCUUGGCCAAAGUGACCGGGUGCAGUGCUUCUGUUGUGGUGGCAUGCUGGCUGGUUGGGAAGUGGGGGACACUGCUUGGGAAGAGCAUAACAAGCAUUUUCCCAACUGCUUCUUCAUGCUCGGUCACGAUGUGGGCAACAUCCCGCUGCACAGGGGGGGAGUGGAGGAGGAGAACAGCGGCAGACAACAUGCAAGUGCAUGUGUCCCAAUGGGGAGUUUUGAGAAGAGGCUUGGCAGCUUCGCAGGCGUCUUACAUCCGAUUGACCACGAGAGGCUUGCCAGAGCUGGCUUCUACAGCGCAGGCACUGGAGACAGGGUGUUGUGUUUCCGGUGUGGCGGGGGCCUGAAAGGUUGGCAGCCUGAAGAAGACCCUUGGGAAGAACAUGCCAAACACUACCCUGGAUGCAGCUUCCUGUUGACAGAAAAAGGACAAGAAUAUGUCAACAGUAUCCAGCUACAAGACCCACGACGCAACAGAACUGUUUCAAGUCAUCAGAAUGGAUUUUCUGGACAUGGGAAUGAGGUGCUGCGGUCGGCCAUGGCUCAGAAGGCCGUUGGGAUGGGUCUAGAGCCCAGUGUGGUGGAAAAGAGCAUCUUGGAGAAAAUCAGCAAGACGGGCUCCGACUACUCCACCCUGGAAGAACUUGUUGAGGAUAGUCUUAACAACUCACAGGAGGAAGAUGUGGACCCGCUGGAGAAACUGCGGGAGCUGCAGAGAGAGAAACUUUGCAAAAUAUGUAUGGACAGAGAUAUUGGAAUCGUCUUCAUCCCAUGCGGACAUCUGGUGACCUGUACGAAGUGUUCCGAGUCACUCAUCAAGUGUCCAAUCUGCUGUGGAGCCAUAACACAAAAGAUCCAGACCUACAUCGCCUAACGACAUCUCAGACACUUGUCAAACAUCAAUGCUGCUUUCUCAUUGACAUUAUAAUAUUGUAUUUUAAUAUAAAAUGUAGAUACCCUGUGAUUUGUGUGUGUGUGUGUGUGUGUGUAGAUAAUGUAGUUUGUAUGUGAAUGAGUAAUCAUCACAAUAUUUUCACAAUCAUUCAGAUGGUAAAUAGCUGAUAAUAUGAGAUGGGAGGACAUUAGCUGAUAUGAUUUUGUAGGUGAAACUUUAAUUUCACAUUUGAAAUAAUGACCACGUUGCAGUCUGUCUUGCCUGAGGUGCCUUUCUCUAGGUCCAUGUACUUGUCACAUUUGUUUGUUUUAUUAUGUACAUGUGGCAAUUGAUCUGGACAUUGGAUGUGAUAACAGUUGAUUUCACACACUUCUGACUCAUCUAGUUAGUACGUCGUACCUGUGGCCUCAUAUUUCUAACUGUGUGCUGCUUCUUAUUGCAACGUGUAAAAGUAGAUCAUUGACCCAUUCCAAAUGCUUUAGAGCUGACUUGUAUAUAAGACUCACAAUCGUACAAUCUGCAAUGAAUCAGUGUUGUUUGAAAUUAUUUUACCAUUCCAUCUGUUGAGUCAUAAAGGGUGAAUAAAUAGUAAUAUUUUUGGACUGGGAAAA